GAAAAUCCAUCAAACUAUCGUAUCGUAUGCAUUCUCGAACGCAUUUUCAAGGAAACAAUAUUAUUAUGUGUCAGAGAACCCGAAGUUCAGCGAACCCAUCACCAAUGUCACGGCCUCGGUGGGACGGGAGGCCAUCCUCGCCUGCCUCGUAGAAGACUUGGGACAAUACAAGGUCGCUUGGCUGAGGGUCGAUACUCAAACAAUCCUGACCAUCCACAGCCACGUGAUCACGAAGAACCACAGGAUCGGUGUGACGCACAGCGAGCACAGGACGUGGUAUCUUCACAUCAAGGAAGUCAGGGAGUCGGACAAGGGCUGGUACAUGUGUCAAAUCAAUACGGAUCCCAUGAAGAGCCAGGUCGGCUACUUGGAUAUCGUAGUUCCUCCCGAUAUUCUGGAUUAUCCAACGAGCACGGACAUGAUAGUCCGCGAGAGAUCGAACGUAAAUCUGAAAUGCGUCGCUAAAGGAUCCCCGGAGCCCUCAAUUACGUGGAAACGAGAAGGAGGAGAACCAAUUCAAUUAUUGACUGGAGAAGAAGUGUACAGCAUGGAAGGGCCGAUAUUGAACAUAACCAAAGUGACUCGGCAACAAAUGGGCCCUUAUUUAUGCAUCGCCUCAAACGGAAUUCCACCCUCGGUUAGCAAACGCAUUAUGCUCGUAGUUCACUUUCCACCGAUGAUUUGGAUCCAGAAUCAGAUGGUUGGCGCAUACGAGGGUCAACAGGUCACACUCGACUGCCACUCGGAGGCUUUCCCUCGUUCAAUCAACUACUGGAUGGCCGACAAUGGAGAAAUUGUUCCGCAAAGCGGGAAAUACGAGAUAGCGCUCAUAGACAAUAGCUACAAGGCCCACAUGAAACUCACCAUCAAAUCGGUGUCCAUAGAGGAUUACGGCACCUACAAGUGCGUGGCUAAGAACUCGCUGGGAGACACCGAUGGUACCAUUCAACUUUACGCUAUCCCGAAGCCGGCCAAGAGGUCCAACGGAUCCAUUAGGAAAGGAAAGUUCAGGAAGAAAACGAACGACGUGACGGAUCUGGAAGUGAGAAAUCCGGACGAUCAACCUGAUUCGCUGUUCCAGGAGGACGACUACUACAACAGCCGCGGAGGAAAAACUGCAUGGAAAAUGUCACUCGCUUUUUUGGUCGCUCUGCCUUUUGCCCUGCAAUAAAUCUUAGUUCUCUCUCCCCCAAAUAGAACCCAAUUCUCUAGGUAAAAAAAAAUAUACACACAUCCUGAUGUCUUUCUCUGUGCGCGUGUAAAUAUAUAAAGAAAACUCGGGAAAUCCACUACUCUCUAUCUCUACCUAUUUCUACCUAACAUAUUUUUUUAUACGCUUCAUUUUGCUAUAAUCGUGAUUCGUUUCGUUUCUCAUCCCCAGAUUCUUGUGUUAUCUAUAGAGACGAAGUAUAUAGUGUACAUGUAAAACUAAGCAUUAUACAUUAGACUUAAUCUUAAUAUUGACUGAUAUAUUAUGUGAGGAUUUAGAUGGUAAGCAAUAUUUUUCAGAAGAUAGGUACAUUGUUUUACUUUCUAUUUUCUUUUUGUUGAUUUCUAGUUGUAACUAGCUUUAGAGCUUAGGUUUGGGCGACGCAGUAUUUACGAGAGGUAAAAGAAAAACAUUUGUUAAUGGGAACAAUUUUCUGUUUAUAUUUUCCCCGUUUCCUUUGGUUCGUUUACGUCGACUCUAUUCUACACGAGCAUUUGAAGCGCCUUUCAUAGACGCAGCACACGCAACGCGUGAUUACCUAAGUUCGCAAACUUUAAGUUCCGCUUUCUUCCUUCUACGAUAUUAUAAUUAACGUCGUUUUAUAAAGAAACUUAUUUCCAUUGACAACACUUAAUCAUUCAAUAAUGUACGAGACACAAUUUAAUUUUGUUACUUG